AUGCCUCUUAUUGGUGUUCGAGUUAUCUAUGCGGUUGCUAGUGCGUUUGCUCAUCACACGGCCUCCGGAGGCAGCUUGCCAGUGCGCGUUAUCUUCGGUACUCUCCCCGAGCUCCUGGUGAUGGUCAACUAUUUAACAGCCGGAGUGGUCACCCGGAACUUACCUCGCAACCGUGUGGAACAGAGACCUGAGCCGGCAUACGACACGGCCUACACCUCUAUAUGA